AUGAACGCGACCUUCCUGAACCACAGCGGCCUGGAGGCGGCGGGUGGCUUGGGCGGCGGCGGCGGCGGGGCCGCCGUGGGGAACCGCAGCCACGGGCUGGGCACGUGGCUGGGCUGCUGCCCCGGGGGCGCGCCGCUGUCCGCCAGUGACGGGGUCCCCGCGGGGCUGGCUCCGGAUGAGCGCAGCCUGUGGGUGUCGCGCGUGGCGCAGAUUGCCGUGCUCUGCGUGUUGUCGCUCACCGUGGUCUUCGGCGUUUUCUUCCUGGGCUGCAACCUGCUCAUCAAGUCGGAGAGCAUGAUUAACUUUCUGAUGCAGGAACGCCGGCCUUCCAAGGACGUGGGCGCCGCCAUCCUGGGGCUGUACUGA